UAAACAAACAAAUCUUUUGGAAGUGAGAUCAAGCGUUGUGCUGUAAAUUAUUUAUUAUUUUAUUGCAUUUAAAGUACAUUUUCUUAUUUUGAAUUAUUCAAUUUAGUUUUCAAUAAACAAAAAGCAUUUUAUAGAAAAUGUCUGAUGAUGAAGAAAUCCUAUUUACGCGUCCUACAAAGACAAUUCACUACGGAUCUCUGGAGAGGCAAUCGAAUCUUCUGGACAUUCAAUCUUCCUCCGGUGACGACAAAGACCUAAAGGUCAAGGAAUUGGGGCAAAUUCACACAUCCAAUGAAUACUUUGAUUUGGAAAAUGAAAUAUCAAAGGACAAAGCUGCUCUGCUGGAGGAAUUUGAGAGGCGCAAGAAAGCCAGACAAAUUAAUGUGAGCACCGAUGAUGUUGAAGUGAAGAAAAAUCUGCGACAACUCAACGAACCGAUAUGCCUGUUUGGAGAGGGUCCAGCUGAACGGCGCAAUCGUCUCCGGGAGCUCCUUGCGUCUCUCGGUGAGAAUGCAAUAACGCAAAAGAUUGCCGAGGAGGAGGAACGGAAGCAGCUGCAGAAGGAGCAGGAGUCAACGUGGUACCACGAAGGGCCUGAAUCUCUUCGUGUUGCCCGUAUUUGGAUUGCACACUACUCCCUGCCACGGGCAAAGCAACGUCUCCAGACGGCAAAAGAACUGCUCAGCGUUCCAAGUGCCACCAAGGCAAGUCGAAUGGUGGAGCUUCAGAAGAAAUUGCAAUCACUCGUCCCGGUGUGUAGUCAAGUUGGUGACACCCGCCCCGUGAGUCAUUGCUGCUUCAAUGGUGACUCCAAUCUCCUGCUGACUGCCUCGUGGUCGGGUGUCUGCAAACUCUGGUCAAUCCCCGAUUGUGAGCUUGUGCAGAAUUUCCGGGGGCAUGCCUGCCAUGUGGGUGGAGUGGCGUUCCGUAACAAUGUUCCCCGAGACGCAAUGAAUGAGGUCGCGAUGGCAUCCGGUGCUGCUGAUGGCACCGUCAAGUUGUGGGCAUUUGGGAAUGAGGAAUCAAUUGCAGACAUCACUGGGCACAUACCACACCGUGUUUCCCGGCUAACAUUUCAUCCUUCCGGGAGAUUUUUAGGCACCGCCUGCUACGAUGCUUCGUGGCGUCUUUGGGAUUUGGAGCAAAAGCAGGAGGUUUUGCAUCAAGAAGGACAUGCCAAAGCUGUUCAUUGCAUUGCCUUUCAAGACGAUGGGAGCGUCUGUGUCACAGGGGGUCUCGAUGCUUUCGGACGUGUGUGGGAUUUGAGAACAGGAAGAUGCAUAAUGUUCCUCGAAGGACACCUCAAAGCCAUAUUUGGAGUAGAUUUCUCACCGAAUGGUUUUCAAAUGGCCACCGCUAGUGAAGAUAAUACAUGCAAAAUUUGGGAUUUACGCCGUCGUCAGCCAAUCUAUACAAUCCCAGCGCAUACAAAUCUCCUCUCGGAUGUGAAGUAUCAGAAGAACAGCGGAGACUUCCUCGUUACAGCGAGCUACGACAACACAGCCAAAAUUUGGUCAAACCGUACAUGGCAACCGCUGAAAACUCUCUCUGGGCACGACAGUAAGGUUAUGAGUGUGGAUAUCUCGCCAAAUUCACAGUACAUUGUCACCACAUCGUACGAUCGUACAUUCAAAUUGUGGUCUACUGAAUAAUAUGUAAUAAUAAAAAUGAUUUUUUAGCAUAA